AUGACAAUACGAAUGUGGGAUUGGGACAAUGGAUGGGCUAUGAAGAGGGAGUUCGUCGGCCAUGCCCACUAUGUCAUGUCACUCGCCUUCAAUCCCAAAGACACAAAUACAUUCGCCUCGGCGUGCUUGGAUCGAACAGUCAAAAUAUGGAGUCUGGACAAGGGCACCCCGAAUCAGACUAUCGAGGCGCACGAGUCUAAGGGAGUUAACUACGUCGACUAUUAUCCACAUGCUGACAAGCCCUACCUGAUCACAACCUCCGAUGACAAGACAUGCAAAAUUUGGGACUACCAGACGAAAGGCUUGGUGGCUUCUCUGGAGGGCCAUACUGCCAAUGUCUCGUUCGCUGUGUACUCGCCCCAACUGCCGAUCAUUGUGUCCGGUUCAGAAGAUGGCACAGUCAAGAUAUGGCAUGCCAACACAUACCGCUUAGAGCAGUCGCUAAGCUAUGGCCUCGAACGUGCAUGGUGUGUGAGCGUACAACGCGGCAAGCAGAGCAUUGCAAUGGGCUUCGACGAUGGUGCGGUCGUAGUGAAGAUGGGCCGCGAAGAGCCUGCAGUGUCAAUGGACAGUACCGGCAAGCUGAUCUGGACGAAAGUCAAUGAAGUACUAUCUGGAAUGGUCCGAGGCGAUGAUGCCUCUCUGAAAGAUGGCGCCCCCAUAGCUGUAGCACCGAAAGAGCUAGGCAACAUCGAAGUGUACGCCAGCUCUUUGCAGCACUCGCCGUCAGGCCGCUUUGUGGCCAUCUGCGGCGACGGAGAAUACCUCAUUUACACAGCGUUGGCGUUCCGACAACAAGGCUUCGGAAAAGCCCUCGAUUUCGUGUGGAGUGCAAGCAGCAACAAUGACUAUGCGAUCAGAGAAUCGGGCACAAGCGUCAAAAUAUUCAAGAAGCUGAAGGAGAAGGGGCCACUGGAUGUUGGGUUCUCAGCAGAAGGGCUUUCCGGCGGCACUCUGCUUGGUGUCAAAGGUCAAGGCGGUAUCGGCUUCUUUGACUGGGAUUCAGGCUCGCUUGUUCGUAGGAUAGAGGUCGAUUCAAGAGAGGUCAUUUGGAGCGAAUCAGGCGAGCUUGUAGCGUUGUGCUGUACUGACUCAACUUAUGUUUUGCGAUUCAACCGCGAAGCAUAUGCUGAGGCAGUCAAUGAAGGGCAAGCAGAUGAAGAUGGCGUUGAAGCCGCAUUUGAGCUGCUGCAUGAGAUGUCAGACGUUGCGGUCACAGCCCACUGGGUUGGGGACUCAUUGGUCUACACAACCGAAGCACGACAAUUGAAGCAGCUCAUUGGUGAGCAAACAGACACAAUUGCUCACUUCGAUCAGGGCAUGUAUGUGCUCAGAUACCUGCCACGAGAUGGACGGCUCUACCUGUGCGACAAGGACAUGGCCUUGGUCUCAUACACUCUUUCGACAAACGUUGUGGAGUACCAGACUUUAGUCCUCAGGGGCGACCUUGAUGCCGCACAAGCGUUGCUGUCCGAUAUACCAGAAGCGCAGAUGAACAAGAUCGCGCGAUUCUUGGAAGGCCAAGGCCAUAAGGAAUUGGCUCUUGAGGUUGCUACUGACGCGGAGCAUCGGUUCGAAUUGGCGCUGGCUCUGAGUAAUCUGCCGAUUGCACUGGAGAUCGCACGGCAACAAGACACGGAGCACAAGUACAAGACUGUGGGCGAUGCGGCUUUGGCCGCGUGGGACCUCAAGACAGCAGAAGAGAUGUUCGUGCUGGCAAAGGAUAUCGGCAGUCUGCUCCUACUCUACACCAGCUCGGGCGAUAAGGACAAGCUGCUGCAGUUAUCCCAACAAGCUGAAGAUGCUGGAAGUCAUAACAUUGCCUUUGGCGCUCUGUGGUCUGCUGGAGAUGUUGACGCUGCUAUCAGGCUGCUCCAGCGGACCGGCAGAACGAGUGAGGCUGUUCUACUCAGUCAUACGUACAAACCAUCGAAGACACAGCAGCUGGCGAAGGAAUGGAAAGAGAGCUUGGACAAGAAGGGCAAGAGCAAAGUCAGUCGUCUGAUUGGUGUUCCAGGCGAGGAUGAAGAUCUCUUCCCUGAAUGGGACGAGUAUCUAAAGAUGGAAUCAGAAGGGAAGACUGGCACGCUGGUCGAUAUAGACGGAGAAGCUGAGCCAGAGACCAACGGAGUUGCCACAAAUGGGCACACUGACGCGGAUGCAGCAGACGAUGACGAUGACAAGGCCGAUUGA